GAGAGAGAGGAGCAGGUGUUUUUUUUUUUUUUUUUAAUUUGUAUCGUUUGGGAGCUAGUUUUAGAAGAAGAGAGAGAAGUCAGCAGCAGGAGCAGCAGCUUGUCUUUGUAUUCUUUGCAAGAUCUCUUUCAUUUCAACUUCAACAGCUCCGCUUUUGUUUAGCUUCUCUCUUUCAUUACACAACAAAAAUAAAAAACUUGGGAUCAAGUUUUUGGCUUGACGCAACUCUUUUCACACUCAAGUCAACUACUAAAUUGAAGAUAAUUAGAAUCUGGAAUUGUCUGUGAAGAACUCAGGGAAAAAUUGGAUUCAAGUGCAGUUAAAGGAACAAAGAGACAGGUUGGAGUCGAUAGAGUCCAAUUUCAGAUGAGGAGUAUCAUUAGCACUUAAUCAAACACAGAUCAAGAAGAGAGAAUGAAUGUUCAAAUAGCCUAAGAAGCUGUUCUUUUUCUUUUGCAAUGGGAACAAUAGCAGAAUUGGGAACCAUGGGAAAGUUUGGAGCCAUGGCAGAAGAGCAGCAAGUUAACCAGAUGGUCAUGGAUAAACAAUCAGCAGAAGAAUGGCUAUCGCGCGUCCAUUCACUAAUACCAUCAGUGCUCAGCGAGGCCAAAACGGUUAAUAAUUUUGCAGGACGAUGGAAGACCAUAAUCUCAAAGAUUGAUCAGAUUCCAGCUUGUCUAUCUGACCUCUCAAGCCACCCUUGUUUCUCCAAGAACAAGCUCUGCAACGAGCAGUUACAGUCUGUGGCUAAGACGCUCAACGAAGUGAUAGAGCUUGCAGAGUUGUGUUCAACUGACAAGUACGAAGGGAAGCUGCGUAUGCAGAGCGAUCUCGACGCUUUAUCUGGAAAACUGGAUUUGAAUCUAAGAGACUGUAUGGUUUUGAUCAAGACCGGUGUUCUCGGUGAAGCCACACUACCUCUAUACAUCUCAAGUUCAUUGGAAACACCCAAAAUUUCCAGUUUAAAAGAACUUCUAGCGAGGCUUCAGAUCGGUCACUUGGAAUCAAAACACAAUGCUCUGGAGAACCUCCUCCGUGCAAUGCAAGAGGAUGAAAAGAUGGUUAUGCCUUUGAUCGGACGAGCCAACGUAGCAGCCUUAGUCCAACUGCUAACAGCAACUUCGACAAGAAUCAGAGAGAAAGCUGUGAAUCUAAUCAGCGUAUUAGCGGAAUCAGGACACUGCGACGAGUGGCUUAUCUCCGAAGGUGUAUUGCCUCCUCUAGUGAGGCUAAUCGAAUCAGGAAGUCUUGAAACCAAAGAAAAAGCUGCAAUUGCGAUCCAGAGGCUGUCCAUGGCAGAGGAAAACGCGAGGGAAAUCGCAGGACACGGGGGAAUCACGCCGCUGAUCGAUCUCUGUAAAACAGGGGAUUCUGUGUCGCAAGCUGCGUCUGCAGCUGCUUUGAAGAAUAUCUCAGCAGUCUCAGAGCUGAGACAGUUACUUGGAGAAGAAGGAAUGGUUAGAGUCGCGAUAGAUCUCCUAAACCACGGGAUACUGUUAGGAUCAAGAGAACACAUGGCGGAGUGUUUGCAGAAUCUCACUGCAGCGAGCGAAGCUCUACGCGAAGCCAUCGUUACAGACGGAGGAGUUCCGAGUCUCUUGGCAUACCUAGACGGUCCGCUGCCGCAAGAACCGGCGGUGACAGCGCUGAGAAAUCUGAUCCCGUCUGUGAAUUCAGAGAUGUGGGUGGCUCUGAAUCUGCUGCCACGACUGACACACGUGCUAAAUUCGGGAUCUUUAGGAGCGCAAGAAGCAGCAGCGUCGGCUCUAUGCCGUUUCGCGUGUUCGCCGGAGACGAAAAGGCUAGUGGGAGAAUCGGGGUGCGUGGCGGUGAUAGUGAAGCUUCUGGAAUCGAAAUCAAACGGAUGUAGAGAAGCGGCGGCUCAGGCGAUAGCGGGAUUGGUGACGGAAGGAAGGAUUCGGAGGGAACUGAAGAAAGACGGGAAGAGCGUGACGAACCUAGUGAUGCUGUUGGAUGCAAACCCAGGAAACACGGCGAAGAAGUACGCAGUGGCGGGGCUGUUGGGGUUGUCGGGAAGCGAGAAGAGUAAGAGAAUGAUGGUGUCGUACGGAGCCAUAGGGUAUCUGAAAAAGCUGUCGGAGAUGGAAGUAAUCGGCGCCGAUAAGCUUCUCGAGAAGCUCGAAAGAGGAAAGCUCAGAAGCUUCUUCUUUCACCACCGUUAGUUAAAAAGUAAAAACCAACCGCUUAUGGUGUGGUUUGAUGUAAGUUUAUAUAUAUAUAUAUAUAACUAACCACCCGUUAGUAUUUUGGGCUGUUGUUUCUCAGUAGCUGUUCAUAUGGGCUUUAUAUUAUAUACAGGCCCAUAAAUUACAAGUCAACCUAGUCAACUAGUUUUAAUUC